AUGGUCAGAACUGGGACAGGCAGGGUGGUCCCAUGGGCGUGCGAUGCUACCCGAAACGCUGGAGAGUUGAAGUGUCAGUCGAGGUACGGUCCUGGAGCGAAGCUGAACCUCCCCCAGAACCUCUCAAAGUACCUUGGUAUGCUCGAGCAAGAUGCGGCCAAGAAGCAGCUGGAGGAUUUCUUCGAGGACAGGCUCCGUUCGCCUGUCCUUGAUAAGUGCAAGGACCGCGCUUAA